AUGACUGCAGCUAACAGCGACAAGGACACUCGUAGUGCUGCCUACGCGCUUAUCCCCUCAACAAUCAUCUAUACGACUAGCGAUGAGAUUGUGACACCUCAGCUGGGUGAUUUGGCAUCCUCUCGACUGAUUGGGGCUUCUAACAUAGCUCUUCAAGAGAUAUGUCCCUUUUCCGUCAAUGUUGAUCAUUUUGCCAUUCCGGGCGAUGUCGGAGCGUACGGCAUUGCGCUUGAUGCCUUGUUAAAAGGCCGCCCGGCUCAGACUUCGACGGUAGAUCGCUCGUAUUGCAUCAAGACAGGUUAG